CUUACGUGAGCCUUAGGCUUUUCCCUAAGUAAACAUGGCUGCGCCCAGCGAACCUCUGGGACCCCAGUGAGGAAAGAGGCCUGGUCUGCCCGAGGCUUUGUUUGCGAUUCCCUCAACGAUGGCGCUUCGGUCGCGAUUCUGGGCGUUGUUGUCGAUUUGCAGGAACCCGGGGUGUCGGGCGGCAGCGCUCUCAACCAGUUGUAAGCCAGCGACGAACCCUGAAACGGACCCUGUGGAAAAUGAAGCUGUUGCCCCAGAGUUCACCAACCGGAACCCCCGGAAUUUGGAGCUCUUAGCAGUAGCCAGAAAAGAGCGGGGUUGGGGGACAGUGUGGCCGUCCCGUGAGUUCUGGCACAGGCUGCGAGUUAUAAGGACUCAGCAUCACAUAGAAGCGCUUGUUGAGCACCGAAAUGGCCAGGUUGUGGUUUCGGCAUCCACUCGUGAAUGGGCCAUUAAGAAGCACCUCUAUAGCACCAGAAAUGUGGUGGCUUGUGAGAGUGUAGGACGAGUGCUGGCAGAGCGAUGCUUGGAAGCAGGAAUCAACUUCAUGGUUUACCACCCUACUCCUUGGGAGGCAGCCUCAGACUCGAUAAAACGGCUACAACACGCUAUGACAGAAGGCGGUGUGGUGCUGCGGGAGCCUCGGAGAAUCUACGAAUGAAUCGGAAGCGUUGUUGGGAUUUGUGAAUGUAAAAGCUGUCAGCUGCUCAUCUCAGGAGAGCGUGUCUGGAGGAAGCGCCGGCUGGACGGUCCCUGCGGGCGUCUCCCUCGGAAUUUCUCAAUAGUCAAGGUCACCUCCUCCCCUUGUGCGUGUUGGUUUGUUUUCCACCAAGGCUUAAAUUCUUCCCCUCUCUGAGACGUGAGAGAAGUGUCUGAGAAAAGCUGUUGCUAAUUAACUUUUGAAAGACAUGUUGUUUAUAAGUCAAAGAAUAAAGGUAUAUUAUGAACUCCUA